UCUGGAGGGGAAGAGGAACAAUGCCAAGGUCCUUUCUGGUCAAAAAGGUGAAGGAUGGCUUCUGCUCAGCUGAUAGUGAGAGUGUAUAUGGCAGACACCGCACGGACUUCAGCACACACCUCUCCGACAAAGGGUACCUCAGCGAAUACAUCGCCCCUUCCGUCUACGAUGGCGACAGCGACGGGGCCAUCAAGGUCCCCUCCCCAGACGCACUCUACACUACGGUUCACAGCGAAUACGGAGCGGCGGACUCGGAGCCCCCCGACAGCCCUCGCUCUGAGAUCACCGGCGGCUACAUCAACGGGGACGCGGCCGUCAGCGAGGGCUACUCGGUGGACGCCUUCUUCAUCACGGACGGGCGGUCUCGGCGCAAGGUGCUGAGCGGGGGGCGCUCUAUCCAGAGGCACAGCUGCAGCGAGUGCGGCAAGAGCUACGCCACGUCUUCCAACCUGAGCCGCCACAAGCAGACCCACCGCAGCCUGGACAGCAAGCUCGCCAAGAAGUGCCCCACCUGUGGCAAGGUCUACGUGUCCAUGCCGGCCAUGGCCAUGCACCUUCUCACCCACGACCUCAAGCACAAGUGUGAGACCUGCGGAAAGGCCUUCAGCCGCCCGUGGCUCCUUCAGGGUCACAUGAGGUCCCACACGGGGGAGAAGCCCUUCGGCUGCGCCCACUGCGGCAAAGCCUUCGCCGACCGCUCCAACCUCCGCGCACACAUGCAGACCCACUCGGCCUUCAAACACUACAAGUGCAAACGCUGCAGCAAGACCUUCGCGCUCAAGUCCUACCUAAACAAGCACUACGAGUCGGCCUGCUUCAAGGGAGCCGUGCCCCCCAUGAGCCCCCUGGAGGACUGAGGCGCCCAACACCGUCGCCGCCCAACGCCAGCUCCUUUGGGUGCUCCGGAAUCACAGCUGCCCCCCGGGGGAAGGAAACUCACCUUUUCUGUUGCCCGCGGUCACCAACCUGCGGAACCCGGUGCUGGUAAUUUCUUUCCCGGGGGGCACGGAGCCUCCUGCGAGAGGUUGGCAGUGGGUGGGCAUGGUUGGCAUUCUCUCUCUUUAUUUAGGUUUUGAAAUGGAAGUCGGGUACUUGUUCAUGUUCUUCCUAAUUGCUACUAAUUGACUUGGGUGGGACGAGGUUCUGCUCCCCCCCCCGACCCUUUUGGCGUUAAUAUUUAUGUUAUGACGAAUAGCGGAAUAUUUUACACGAAUAGGUUUGUAUUAACGUCAAAACUGUCAGAGAACAUGGCCUCUAUGGUAUAUUGGGGCGCAGGGUGGGGCGCAGGGGCAGCCGGGUUUCUAGGGGUACAUUGGGGUUUCUCUAGCUUUUUAGUUGCUGGUUGGCAGGGAAAGGCCUGCGGUUGGUCACUUUCAGUGCUCUCUUGUGUAGAUUUCCAAUACGAGAGGUGGGAGGGCGAGGGGCCCAGGUCACGCUAAAGCAUCUCCAGGGACAUUGGGAAGGUAGGUAGGUAGGUAGUAGGACCAGCACAGUGUUAUUGGGCCAGAUGCAUGGGGAGUCCAUGUUCCUUACAAGGGCUCGUACGUGUCUGUUCAUCAACGCUAUUCAUAUAUAUCUAAACUACAGCCAUUUUCUACUUCCUGAUCCCAAAGAGCAAAGUCCAACCAAUCAGAAAAGCCUCUGUCUAAAUAAACCCCUCCCGUCCCCCUGACCAGAGCCUAUUGUUUGUCUUUGCUCUUUGGGAUCAGGAAUACAGAGGCUUUUUCAUUGGCUGCUGCUUUGUUUGUCUUUGCUCUUUGGGAUCAGGAAGUAGGAAAUGGCUUUGGUUUCGUUCUCACAUUUUGCCCAGUUUUGAGCAAGAAAUAGUGAAAACCAUAGAUAUUUCCCAAUUACAACAAAAGGCCCUGACUGCGCCAGUAUUACGCAUGGGUAGGGCCCUGACUGUGCCAGUAUUACUCAUGGGUAGGGCCCUGACUGUGCCAGUGUUACGCAUGGG